AUGUUCAACUCUGACAUAAGAGACCGUGAGCUGAGAGCAAGCAGCCGACCAGCCAGCCAGCUGACAAGCCUCACGCCAAAACUGCUUUCAAUCCAACGAACCACCAUACCACACCACCCUGCCUAUCUCUCUACAGAACCACUACCACACCACCCUGCCUGUCUGUCUACAGAACCAUACCACCCUGCCUGCCUCUCUACAGAACCACUACCAUACCACCCUGCCUGCCUCUCUACAGAACCACUACCAUACCACCCGGCCUAUCUCUCUACAGAACCACUACCAUACCACCCUGCCUAUCUCUCUACAGAACCACUACCAUACCACCCUGCCUAUCUCUCUACAGAACCAUAGCACCCUGCCUGCCUCUCUACAGAACCACUACCAUACCACCCGGCCUAUCUCUCUACAGAACCACUACCAUACCACCCGGCCUGUCUGUCUACAGAACCACUACCAUACCACCCUGCCUGCCUCUCUACAGAACCACUACCAUACCACCCUGCCUGUCUCUCUACAGAACCACUACCAUACCACCCUGCCUGCCUCUCUACAGAACCACUACCAUCCCACCCUGCCUGCAUCUCUACAGAACCAUACCACCCUGCCUGCCUCUCUACAGAACCACUACCAUACCACCCUGCCUGCCUCUCUACAGAACCACUACCAUACCACCCGGCCUAUCUCUCUACAGAACCACUACCACACCACCCUGCCUGCCUCUCUACAGAACCAUACCACCCUGCCUGCCUCUCUACAGAACCACUACCAUCCCACCCUGCCUGCCUCUCUACAGAACCACUACCACACCACCCUGCCUGCAUCUCUACAGAACCACUACCAUCCCACCCUGCCUGCCUCUCUACAGAACCACUACCACACCACCCUGCCUGCCUCUCUACAGAACCACUACCAUCCCACCCUGCCUGCCUCUCUACAGAACCACUACCACACCACCCUGCCUGCCUCUCUACAGAACCACUACCACCCUGCCUGCCUCUCUACAGAACCACUACCAUACCACCCUGCCUGCCUCUCUACAGAACCACUACCACACCACCCUGCCUGCAUCUCUACAGAACCAUACCACCCUGCCUGCCUCUCUACAGAACCACUACCACACCACCCUGCCUGUCUCUCUACAGAACCACUACCAUACCACCCGGCCUGCAUCUCUACAGAACCACUACCAUACCACCCUGCCUGCAUCUCUACAGAACCACUACCAUACCACCCUGCCUGCAUCUCUACAGAACCACUACCAUACCACCCUGCCUGCCUCUCUACAGAACCAUACCACCCUGCCUGCCUCUCUACAGAACCACUACCAUCCCACCCUGCCUGCAUCUCUACAGAACCAUACCACCCUGCCUGCCUCUCUACAGAACCACUACCAUACCACCCGGCCUGCCUCUCUACAGAACCACUACCAUACCACCCGGCCUGCCUCUCUACAGAACCACUACCAUCCCACCCUGCCUGCAUCUCUACAGAACCAUACCACCCUGCCUGCCUCUCUACAGAACCACUACCAUAACACCCUGCCUGCCUCUCUACAGAACCACUACCAUCCCACCCUGCCUGCAUCUCUACAGAACCACACCACCCUGCCUGCCUCUCUACAGAACCACUACCAUACCACCCUGCCU